CGUCUUUACAUUUAAGCAGAUGAAGUUGAAUCAUCUCUGACUUGUUCCUGGACUCAUGAAGAAUAUGGAUCUCUCAUUUCAUGUGCUCUGUCUUUGUCUCCUUUUAUGGCAACGAGGUGUGUUUGGUGUUGAGACAGAACUUUAUGGCGACUCUAUAGAUAAUCCAGAGUUUGACAAAACUACAAAUAACACAGAAGUGGAAUAUUCUGGUGAUAACACAAAGACCGAACUUACUAAAGACAUUAAUAAAGCAAAAAAUGGUUCAGAUGAUGCAAGACUUGAUAUCGAUAAAAGGCCGUUAAUAAAAACGAUGAAAGUGAUGGAAGGAGAUACUGUUACUUUAGGAUCUGGUUCUUUAAUGAAUAAAGAUGAUCACAUUAUAUGGACUUAUAAAUCUCAACAGCCUGACAUUUAUAUUGGAGUAAGAAAUAAGAGCGUCGAUUACGGCAAUAGUGUUGAACGAUUCGGAGACAGACUGCAGGUGGACAAACAGACCGGAUCUCUGACCAUCAGAAACAUCAAAACCACAGACUCUGGACUUUAUUAUCAGAUUACAGUCAUACAAGAUCUCACUGCUAAAGUUGAUGCGCCAACAAUCAAAUUUAAUCUCUCUGUUCUUGCACCUCUGCCGGUUCCUGUCUUCACCCGUAUCAGUAACUCUUCAAAAUGUUCUUCAACAUCUUUAGCAAGCGUAUAUAGCUCAAAAUGUGUGUUGUUGUGUUCAGUGUUGAAUGUGACAGAUGUGAGUCUGUCCUGGUAUAAAGGAAACAGUUUAUUGUCCAGCAUCAGUGUGUCUGAUCUCAACAUCAGACUCUCUCUACCUCUGGAGGUGAAAUAUCAGGAUAACAAUACAUACAGAUGUGUGGUCAACAAUUCCAUCACAAACCAAACUCAACAUCUUAACAUUAAUGAUGUUUGUCCAGGAUGUCCAGAAUCUAUACUUUCUUAUGUCUUGGGAUUUUUGGUGUUUCUUCUGUCUAUAAUAUUUGGGAUAUGUUUCUGUUGUUGUUAUGCAAAAUGGAGAGGACCCAUUUUGAUCAUACGGUGAACUCAAGAAAUUGCAUUUUAUGUGUAUUGUACAUAGUUUUUUACUCUCAUUAGUUUGUGAAGGUUUUUUUUGAGGGACAUGCGAUCCAUGAGACAUUCCUGAUCUUCUGGUUUAUCUACAUAACAAUAUUUGUCCAGACUGGAAAAAACAUUGAUCCAUCUGAACAACAGGAUCAUAAUAACAUGACAAACAAGUUACCUUGACUGUGUCCUGUAUUUCUUAGUAAAGAUCAAUAUUUGGGUCUGCAACGUUUUAAUAUGUUAUUUCCAUUUUCAAAGCUUUCAAAAUGAAGUUGAUUGUUUAGUUGGUUAAAGUUAUAUGGUUAUUAAACAAAGUAUAAACUUUUGGUCUUAAUUUAAAUCCAAUUAUAUUACAUUAACAUUCAAAAUACUUGUUUAAAUAUACCAAUUUAUAUGUAGCAUUUAGUUUCAAUGACUAAAUGUAAUUGUUGUCAAUGAGUAAUGUGAGGAAGUGCUUGUGAAAAAGAUCAGCUCAGUCAUAAGUUAGACGACUACGCAGGUGGAUUUUGGUGCUUGUCAACAGUCAAUUUCUUGGCAUAAUUACUGCAUUGUUAAUAAAGUGCAUUGUUAUAAACUUAAAGAGGAAUGGGUAGGGUGUGACUCAAUUUAGCUUGCCAAAUUUUAUAAUACCUCCACAAAUGUUUUUUUCCCUUUCACACCCAUUACUGUCAGACCCAGCAUCAUCCAGAAGGAAGCAAAUUAAGGUAAAUCUAACGACCAUUUACCAUCAUAUGAAAUUUAAUAAUUGUUGGUCAUAAU